CUUUUAUCAGUUUGAUUUCUAACGCACGCGGCACUUGUUGUCUGUCGCUUCGGUUCUAUAUGUAAAGUGAACAUUUUUGUUGAAACAACUUUGAUAGUUUUAUAGUCCAAGAUGAAGCUGGUGAUCCUUGCAGCACUGGCGCUGCUGUCGCCAGCACUAGGGUACAGGAUCCUGGCCAUCUUCCCCAUACCUUCGAAGAGCCAUAACUAUCUAGGGCAAGGCGUUGUCGGAGCCCUACUGAAGGCGGGGCAUGAGGUGACGUGGGCGACCCCAUACCCUAAGGAGGCGCAGAAGGGCCUAACAUUCAUUGACGUCAGUGAAAUUACGAAGAUUAUUGUAGGCAGAGACCCGCUGAAGGUGCGGCACAUGAGUUUCGGCACGUUGGUGGAGUUCGGCAGGAACAUCUCCAUCGCCGCUGCCACCAACAAAGGGGUCCAGCAGGCGCUGAUGGACAAAUAUGAUGCUGUGAUUACGGAAGUCUUCUUCUCUGACCUUCAGGCUGGCUUCGCAGCCGUCCUUCAAGUCCCUUGGAUCGUGCUGAGUGGCAUGGUUGUCCACGCCGGAGUGGAAUCGAUGGUGGCAGACAUCGGCAGCGUCGCGCUGGUCCCCACCAUGUUGAGUGACUUCCCGAUUCCGAUGAACUUGUGGCAGCGUAUGGCGAACACGGCUAUGAUUGGGAUGAUGACCGCCGGGCGUUUGUGGGACAUAUCAGUGAGCGAGAAGCACUACCACGAGAUCUUCGAGCCCCUUGCCAAGAAGAAGGGCAUCGUCCUUCCCCCUUACUCCACGGCCAUCCACAACAUCUCCAUCCUGCUCUCCAACUCGCACCCGUCGCUGGCGCCGGCUAUCAGUUUGCCUCCUAAUGUGGUGGAUAUCGCCGGGUACCAUAUUGCUGACCACCACACGCCGCUACCCAAGGAUCUCCAAGACCUAUUGGACAACUCCAAAAACGGCGUCGUGUACUUCAGCAUGGGUUCCGUGGUUAAAGCUUCAGCUCUCCCGGAGAACACCCGGAAGGACCUGAUAAAGAUCUUGGGGGCUCUGCCUUAUACGGUGCUCUGGAAGUUUGAGGAGCCUAUUCAGGGGCUGCCGAAGAACGUGCAUAUCAGGUCUUGGAUGCCGCAGCCUGCUAUAUUAGCGCACCCAAACAUCAAGCUCUUCAUAACUCACGGUGGCCUCCUCAGCACGCUAGAAGCCAUCCAAGCCGGGGUGCCUCUCCUAGCCGUGCCCGUGUUCGGCGACCAGCCCGGCAACGCCGUGAGAGCCCAGCGCGCCGGGUACGCGCUCGCCGUGCCCUUCGCACCGGACAUGGGGGACAGGCUGAAAGUGGCGCUGGAUAAGAUGCUUGCAGACAAUAGCUACUACAACAAAGCUAAGGAGCUAUCCCGGCUGUUCAACAACCGGCCCGUGCCCCCCGCCGAGCUCAUCGCGCACUACGUGGAGCUCGGCAUUGAAACCAAGGGUGCACUACACCUACGCUCUCCGACGUACCACUACGCGUGGUACGAACGCUACAUGCUCGACCAACUCGCCGUGGUCUUAAUAGCGCUGUACGUGGCCGUAAAGUUGGUCAAAUGCGUCCUCAAGAUGGCGUUUAAACUCAAAUAUAGGAAAUCCCGACAAGAAGGAAGGAAAUAAAGUUAAGAAGAAUUAAGAAUGUGUUAUUUGGACAAAAAAUAGUGUGAGCUCAACAGUUGGAAUGAUUUUAUCUAGGUUUUAAGGAACAAGUUUAAAAUAUUAUAAAGUUAAUGAAAUUCGAGAAUUA